AUGGGCCCCCCGACCCCUUCGCUGUCGGUGGCAAAUCCCUCGACCGAGGUGGUGCUCACCUCUCCAUUCCUUUGGAAGCAUCUGCAACGUCUUAUCCAAGAAGAAGAUCCUCACGCCAAUGCUCCCAGUGCACAGGCCGGAAGCGAUUAUGCAGCAGCAAGUGGACCUGCUGAAGAGGUGGUGCAGCUCAUCAAAGAAGUGCUCACAACAGCUUUGGUUCAGUAUUAUCCGUUACGAGACUCGCACACACGUGCCAUCAAACGGUUCCUCGACGAAGUGAUGGCUAUGCUGGAGCCUGACACACACAGAGCUUCGCGCAAACAUCUACGAACAAGCACGCCCCCGCCUCAGAGUUCGCCUCAUUUCGACGACACUUCUGGAUGA